GGCGCCGGCAGCAAUAGCGGCGCAGCAGCAUGGCCGCCGUCCCGCCUGACUCCUGGCAGCCGCCCACCGUCUCCAUGGAGACUACGUAAGAGGCGGGAACCCCACGGGCCUCCGCGCUCGGUACCGGACCCCCCGGUUUAAGGGUGCCCCUGAAACCCUCACUCCGCCCCCCGAUGCUGACGCUGUGGUGCUGUGGGCAGGAUGGGCACUCUGGUGCUGGAGCUGUACUGGCGCCACGCACCACGAACCUGCAAGAACUUUGCUGAGCUGUGCCGCCGCGGGUACUACAACGGCACCCGCUUCCACCGCGUCAUCCGGGACUUCAUGGUGCAGGGAGGAGACCCCACCGGCACCGGCCGUGGCGGUGCCUCCAUCUACGGCAAACACUUUGAGGACGAGCUGCACUCUGAGCUGAAGUUCACCGGUGCUGGCAUCCUGGCCAUGGCCAACGCAGGGCCGGACACCAACGGCAGCCAAUUCUUCAUCACGUUGGCGCCGGCGCAGUGGUUGGAUGGCAAACACACCAUCUUUGGGCGCGUGUGCCAAGGCAUCGGGGUGCUGGGCAGGGUGGGCAUGGUGGAAACCAACGCGCAGGACCGGCCGCUGGAUGAUGUCAAAGUGCUCAAAGCUGUCCCUGCUGGGUGACGUUGGGAAUAAAAGCGUGCACGGA